AUGGAUUUUAUUUACUGUAGAUUGGGUGUUCCUGUCAAACCAAGGCAGCUGAUGAUUGAUCUACUGGGGCCUGGAACGAUUGAGGUACGCUCAGCAUUUGGGUGGAUAGAUACGGGGGAGCGAGAAUUUGGACUUGGCCAGGGUUCUAUUCUAUCUAUUCUGCAUAUCGGAUGUUACAUGGACCUACUCCAGACACAGCUUGAAAAAGGCGAAGACCCUGUGAAGAUCAAGCAUCAUCAGCAUGGCGGUGGGAUUGACAUUGCAAGUACGUUAUUUGUUGAUGACCAACUCGAUAUAUCAACGUCGUACUGUGGUAUCCAAUCGCGAGCCGAUGUAACCAACAUUUUCACCGGAGCUAAUGCGACUGGGGGAGUUUUUGGCGCCGCGAAGUCAUUCAUGAUGUAUCUAAACACGGGGAAGGACCACUACCCGGCAAUUCGUAUUAAUGAUGGGCUGGGAGUACCCCGUCCAGUUCAAGUGGUAACCCCGGCGGAAGGCUUCAAGCAUCUCGGAGUGUAUCAAGGCGGUGAAAGUCAGUGGGCAGCAUCAAUAUCACCAACUUGGGCGAAGCUACUCCGGUAUCGCAUGAUUCUGAGUGAUGCAACUCAUUUAGCAGCCAACAUGGAUGUAUUUAUUCGGCAAGCAGCUCGGAAUGUGCUGCGACUACCAUAUACCACCCCGCGUCGUGUUUUUUACGAUGCUAUGAAUGGAUUGGGGCUCAUUAACUGCGAGCAAGACACCAGCAUUGAACGAUUUAACGCAGCGCUCAGAAUUCUGAACGAUAGUGAGCUACGAGUCCACCAUGUGCUGGUUGAACAACUUGAGCGAUACCAGGAACGAGCAGGACUUACUGAAAAUCCCCUUGUCCAACCUGUCCGCCCACCAAAUCACGUGCGAACAUGGACGGCAUCGCUGAUGAAAUAUGCCGCUGGCAUGAAUCCCCCACUACAACUCUCAAUAGUGUGGACGUCGCCGCCUGCGACAAUGUCUAAACGUGGAAAUGACCGGUGCUUAGAGCAUCUCCAACGGUAG